GAUGUUGUAGAAAUUUGUAAGUUGGUUUAGAGAGUUAUUUUUUGGAAAAGAGUUAGAGAUUGCAUUAGUAGGAUUAUAAAAUGCAGGUAAAACAACUCUAGUUAAUACUAUGGCUACUGGAAAGUUUGAAGAAGACACCAUUCCAACAAUAGGGUUUAAUUUUAGAUCAGUAAAGAAAGGAAAAGUGUAAAUGAAGAUGUGGGAUGUUGGAGGAUAAGCAAGGUUUCGAGAAUAAUGGGAAAAAUAUUGCAGAUCAGCAGAUGUAAUCAUAUUUGUUGUUGAUGCAUAAGAUUAAGGAAACUUAGAUAUAGCUAGGUAAUAACUUAAUUAGUUAAUAUCUUGGCCUAGUUUAGAAGGAAUUCCUUUAUUAGUAUUAGGAAAUAAAUAUGAUCUAUAAGGAUGGUAACAUUUAUUUCUAACUUUCUAGUAUUACAGAAUAAGAACUUAUAAUAUAAAUGAACUUAAAUUCAAUAAAAGAUAGAUUGGUUGCAUGCUAUAGUAUUUCAGCAAAAAAAAAUACAAAUAUUGAUGAAAUGUUGAAAUGGUUGUCCAAAAUCUAAAGAAAAAAUAAAUGA